AUGGGAGACAAUAUACCUGGAGGAAUUGUAGCUGCUGCAAAGAACCGUCUGCAGGUGGUGAAGGGGUUGGAAGAUGUGGAGGUGUCUGAGUGUGAGAGCUGCUCCUUUGAAGUGAAACUCAAUCUGGCCUAUAUCGAGGGUGUGUGGACCAGAGAUGGGAUGCAGCUUAAGUCAAAGCCCAACUGGCGCAUCAGCACACAUGGGAAGAAGCACUCCCUCGUACUGAACAGGGUGGCUUUGGGAGAUGCAGGCCUGUUCUCUUUUCAGGCCAACGGCAUUCAGACCUCAUGCAGACUCAGUGUCACAGCUAGGGACAUCCACAUAGUUAAGGAGCUCGAAAAUGUUGACACGAUGGAGCGUCAACCUGUGAAUUUCCUGUGUGAGGUCAACCAGGUGGAUUUGGAUGGUCGGUGGUACAGAGAUGACUGCCGAAUUCGACCUGGGGACAACAUCAAGAUCAGAUACCAGGGUAAAACUCACACCCUGUUCUUCAAGUCAGUCAGGCCAGAGCAUGCUGGAGAGAUCAGAUUCACUGCAGAGCGUGUCUCUUCGUAUGCAACUCUCACAGUGAAAGAGCUCCCAGUCCAAAUAGUGCGUCCUCUGAGGGUCAAGAUAGCCAUGUAUCGCCACCGGGGUCUGCUGGAGUGCCAGGUGUCACGGCCUAAUGCUCAGGUCCGGUGGUACAAGAACAGGAAGGAGCUCCUGCCCAGUAAAAAAUACCAACUGAUCAGCCAAGAUGUCUACAGGCAGCUGACCAUCGACAACGUCUGCUCUUCAGAUGAGGACACCUACACCUGUGAUGCAGGAGAUGACAACACCUCUUGUCAGCUUCUCGUGGAGGAACAGGCUAUCAGAAUAGUGAGGGGGAUGAGCUCAGUGGAGGUGAUGGAGCCAGAGCCAGCGCUGUUCCAAGUGGAGACCAGCCUGAAAUCAGGGAGGCCUCCCCGGUGGACCCUGAACGGUGAGGUGCUGGAGCCUAGCGCAGCAGUGAACAUCGACAGGAAAGGCACCCUCCACAGCCUCUGUCUCACCUCCACAGAAAGCUCCAUGUCGGGCCCUGUUCUCUUUGUAGCUGGCAAGAGUCGUUCCACUGCUCAGCUUACUGUCAAAGAGCGACCUCUCCAGGUUGCCCGCCACUUGGACGAUGCAGAGGCGAAGGAGAACAGCUCUGUGACUCUGAGCUGUGCGUUUUCCCCGUCUCCCAGGGUGGUGCGGUGGUUUAAAGGUCGUACGGCUCUGAAGACCUCGAACAAGUACAGCAUGAAAAGGGAAGGGAAGCGAGCACAGCUGACCAUUCAUGGCUUGACAGGGAUGGAUGCAGGACAGUACCGCUGCAUGGCUGGGGGCUCCCAGAGCACAGCUCAUGUUAAGGUUGAGGUGCGAACACUGAAGUUGGUCAAACACUUGGAGCCAGUGGAAAUGGAGGAGGAGGGCAUGGCAACAUUCUCCUGUGAGCUCAACUAUGUGGUCGCCAACGUGGAGUGGCUCCUUAACAAUGUCCGCCUCUAUUGCAACGCCAUCAAUAGGAUCCAGCACAUGGGCACUAUGCACAGCCUCACAAUAAAGACGCUGCGACCACAGGAGAGCAGGGUCACAUUCAAAGCCGGCCUUCUCUCUGAGACAACCACCUUAAAGGUCAAAGAGCGCCCAGCAGUGUUCCUGAGGUCUCUGGAGGAUGCAGUAGGAGAAGAACAAGGGGAAGUCUGCCUGCAGUGUGACAUUUCCAAAGAGACAGUGACCCCUGUUUGGAGGAAGGAUGGUAUGUUCCUUACCGCUGAUGAUAAACAUGAGCUACUUCAGUUUGGGAAGUCCAUGGCAUUGAUCAUCCAUUCCCUGAGCAAGGAUGAUGCUGGACUGUACACCUGUGACCUGGGCACCAGCCAGACCAAGGCCAAAGUUACUGUACAUGACUUACAUAUCACUAUUGUUCAACGUAUGAAAACAACAACUGUCCUGGAAGGCGAAAGCUGCACUUUUGAUUGUCACCUCUCUCAUGAUCUCGAUGAUGAGCCUUCCUGGAUCAUCAAUGGCCAGGUGUUGGUCCCCAAUAGCCGCAUCCAGGUUAUCAACAAUGGCCGUAACUAUAGGAUGACCAUUAAAGAUGCUAUACUGACUGACGCUGGAGACGUGGUCUUUACAAUUAAGGACUUGAGCUGUAGGACCAUGCUCUUUGUUAAAGAGAAGCCAGUGCACAUCUUCAGGGAGCUGUUGAAUGUCAAGGCGGUACCUGGUGAGGACGCAGAGCUGAGCUGUGAGAUCACCAAACCAGAAGUCACUAUCCGUUGGCUGAAAAAUGGCCAUUUGAUCAGGCAGAGCCCAAAGUAUGAAAUGAGUGUGGAGAAGAACUCGGCGCGAUUGGUGAUCAAGAAUACCACCAUCAGAGACUCUGGAGAGUACUGCUGUGAGGCCGAAGGCAUUGCCUCGCGUGCCAAGCUGGAGAUCAGAGAACUUCAGCACACAUUUGCGAGGGAGUUAAGGGACACACAAGCAGAGGAAAAGGGUAAAGUGACUCUGGAGUGUGAGACCAGGCGGCCAGCCAAGCGGGUGACCUGGUUGAAGGGCAUGGUGGAGCUGAGGUCUGGUAGGAAGUAUGUCAUCAGGCAGAAGGGCGUGGUGUUGUCCCUAACCAUCACUUCACUGGAGAAAUUGGACACGGAUGUAUACACGUGUGAUGUCAGUACCAUGGAAAGCCGGGCACAGCUGACUGUGCAGGGUCAGAAGGUGUUGAUCCUUGAUGAAUUAGAAGAUGUUGAGUGUCUAGAGGGCGACACAGUCACAUUCAGGUGUCGAAUUUGUCCCAGUGACUACAUCGGGGUCAAGUGGUAUCUGGACGAGACUCUGCUGUACACCAAUGAGCUCAAUGAGAUCCAGAUGUUGCCCGGAGGCUUCCACACCCUCACAUUUAGACAGCUUGCCCGCAAAGACACUGGCACUAUCUCGUUUUCAGCAGGGGACAAAAGAUCGUACGCCUCAAUGUUGGUUAGAGAGAGACGUCCCACCAUCAUUAAAGCACUUGAAGACUGUGAGGCUAUUGAAGGAGGUGGUUUGGUUUUGUCUUGUGUGGCCUCCAAGCCAUGUCACAUCCUGUGGUACAAAGAUGGCUGCCUGAUGUGGAACUCUUCAAGGUAUUUUGCCAGUCGUUCCGGCUGUGAAGCCCGGCUGACGAUUCGGGAGGUCUGCAACAACGAUGCCGGAGUGUACGAGUGCAGUGCUGGAUCUGUUACAACGAGGGCCGUUGUAACUGUCAAAGCCAUUCCAGCAGAGUUUACCCAGUCUCUAAAGACUGUGGAGGCCAAAGAGGGGGAGACCGUGACCCUGACCUGUGAAUACUCUCUGCCUGGCGUCCAGUUCCACUGGAGGAGAGGUUUUGAGAGUAUCAGGCCUGGAGAUAAGUACCUGAUGAAACAGAGGAACACCAUUAAUUCCCUGACCAUCAAAGCCCUGAAGCCUGAGGACUCAGGAGAAUAUACCUGUCAGUGCAGAGAUCACCACACUACAGCAAGCCUCAAAUUAAAGGACAUGCAAGCAGAGGAGGGAACUAAUGUCCUAUUGCGCUGUGAGCUGUCUAAACCUGGAAUUCCAGUAGAAUGGAGGAAGGGAUAUGAUCUGUUGAAGAAUGGAGUGAAAUACCAAAUAAGGAAAAGGGAGACCAGCCUGGAACUUCUGAUCUGGAAGCCUGUUCCUGAGGACAGUGGGGUCUACAGCUGUGUGUGUGCUGAUCAGAUGACAUCUGCCACUGUCAAAAUCACUGCUCUCCCAGUCACUUUCAAGCAGAAGCUGAGGAAUGUGCUGGUUGAGGAGGGCAACACUGCGGCUUUACGCUGUGAGCUGUCAAAGUCUGGUCACACUGUGGAGUGGAGGAAGAGGGGGGAUGAACUCAUCCGGAGUGGAGAGAAAUAUCAUAUGCGGCAGAGAGACAUGCUGAUUGAACUAAGGAUCUUUGAUGUUACACCUGAGGACAGCGACAUCUACACAUGCAUCUGUGGGAACAUAGAAACCACUGCAACUCUGACUGUUAAUGCUCUUCCCAUCAACUUUAAGCAAAAACUGAAGAACCUCCAAGUAGAGGAAGGACACAACAUCACACUAUAUUGUGAGAUCUCUAAAGCGGGUGUCCCAGUAGAGUGGAGGCUUGGAGGAGAUCUGCUGGAGAACGGAGAGAAGUACCAGAUUAAGCAGAGGGACUCGGCCCUGGAGUUGAUCAUCAGAGAUGCUGAACCAGAGGACAGUGGGAUCUACACCUGUGUUUGUAGAGAGCAGAGAACAAAGGCCACUGUUAAAGUUAUCGCUGUUCCCGCCACAUUUAAAGUAAGUCUGAAGAGCCAGGAGGCCGAAGAAUAUAGCAGUGUGACAUUACGCUGUGAGCUUUCAAAGAAGGGAGUCGCGGUGCAGUGGCAGAGAGAGACUCAGGUGCUGUCCGAGGAGAUAUAUCGAGGAAAGUAUCAGAUGAAGCUGGAAGGAAAGAUAGCUCAGAUGACUAUUCUCAACGUCCAACCAGAAGAUGCAGGGAAGUACAGCUGCAUCACAGGAGAUGAGAAAACCACAGCUGAAGUCAAAGUGAAACCACUUCCUGUGACAUUUAAACGAACGAUCCAGCACCUGGUGGUGAAGGAAGGGGACAGUGGAGUGUUCUGCUGUGAGCUCUCCAAACCUGGAGCUCCAGUGGAGUGGAGGAAAGGCAGGGCAAUCCUGAAGCCUGGAGAAAAAUACGAGAUGAAGCAGGAGGGACCUUUCACUAAACUGGUUGUCAACAACGUAGAGGAGAACGAUGCUGGCAAAUAUAUCUGCAAGACUAAAGACAGCCAAUCGACUGCUGAGCUCACUGUCCAAGGUUUACCACCAAGUUUUAAGAUGCCCCUAGUUAACCAGGAAGUGACGGAGGGCAACAGUGUGGCGCUGCGCUGUGAGCUCAACAAACCUGCCCCUUCAGUGGAGUGGAGGAAAGGAGGAGAGCUGCUGAAAAACGGAGACAAGUACCAGAUGAGGAAGAAGGACCUGCAGGUGGAGAUGAAGAUUGCCGACCUCAUUCUGGAAGACACUGGAGAUUAUACCUGUAAAUGUGGAGAACAGAGUACCCAAGCUAGGGUCAUUGUGAAUGAGCGGCCCAUCAAAUUCCUUCAAGAACUGAAGAAUAUUCAGGUGCAGGAGGGCAAUGGAGUGACGCUCUGCUGCGAGCUCUCCAAACCAGGCACUCCAGUGAAGUGGAAGAAGGGAGACAAGGUGUUGACCAACGGAGAGAAAUACCAGAUAAAGCAGAGCGGCUCCACCCUGGAGCUCCUCAUCAGGAAAAGCCAGCCUGAGGACAGUGGCACAUACAGAUGUGUUUGUGAAGACCUGAAAACAACUUCCACCGUCAUCAUCACUGCGAUCCCGGUGACUUUCAAGCAAAAGUUGAAGAACCAGGAAGCUGUGGAGGAGGGCAGUGUGACACUACGCUGUGAGCUUUCUAAAGCAGGAGUUCCAGUGGAGUGGAGGAAAGAUGCUCAACUUCUGAAGGAGGGAGAAAAAUAUCAGAUGAAGCAAGAAGGCAGGAUGGCUGAGAUGCUGAUCAGAAAUUUAACUCUCACAGAUUCGGGGGAGUACAGCUGUUUUGUUGGCACUGUUGUGACUUCAGCUGACAUCAAAGUGAGAGCGAUUCCUGUAACAUUUAAACAAGCGCUGGAGAAUUUGGAGGUGAAGGAAGGGGACAGUGGAGAUUUCUGCUGUGAGCUCUCCAAACCUGGAGCUCCAGUGGAGUGGAGGAAAGGCAGAGUCAUCCUCAAACCUGGAUACAAAUACGAGAUGAAACAGGAGGGACGUCUCACUAAACUGAUUAUCAACAACAUGGAGGAAAGUGAUGCCGGGAAAUACACCUGCAAGACUAAAGACACCCAAUCAACUGCUGAGCUCACCGUCAAAGCUCCUCCCAUCACAUUCAAGACAAAGUUAAGGAACCAGCAGGUGGAAGAGGAGAACAGCGUGAUGUUGAACUGCGAGCUGUCGAAGCCCGGCCUUGCUGUGGAGUGGAGGAAAGGACAAGAGCUGCUGAAGAAUAAUUUCAAGUACCAGAUUAAAAACCGAAACAGUAGCAUGGAGCUAACCAUCAAAAACACACAGCUAGAGGACAGCGGACCUUACAGCUGCAUCUACGGCGACAUCAAGACCACAGCCAACAUCACCAUUACACCUAUCCCCCUCACCUUUAAAAUGGGUCUGAAGAACCAGGAGGCCCCUGAAGGAGGCAAUGUGACCCUUCGCUGUGAGCUGUCCAGGGCUGGGGUGCCUGUGCAGUGGUGGAAGGCUGAGGACCAGCUCUAUCACGGGGGAAGAUAUCAGAUGACAUUGAAGGGGAGGACAGCCGAAAUGCACAUCAAAAACAUCCAGCCCGAGGAUGUUGGCGAGUACAGCUGCGUCUUGGGGGAGCAGAAGACAACGGCUGAAGUCAACGUGAGAGCGGCAGCAUCCGUGUUCUUUGAGAAGGAACUGGAGAACCAAGCGGUGAUGGAGGGGAAAUCUGUGCUGAUGUCUUGUGAAGUUUCCAGUGCUAAUGUCCCUGUCACUUGGAAGAAGGACAACAAUGUGGUAGAAGGAGGGCAAUACAUUUUAAAGAAGAAAGGCCCCACACACACCCUGGAGAUCAAGAAACUGCAUAUGGAGGAUGCUGGAGAGUACUGCUGCAUCUCCAGAGGCAAGAAGACCACUGCCAAGCUGAUUGUGAGGGAGCGCGUGCGGAUCGUUACAGAGCUGCAAGGUAUAACGGUGACAGCGGGUGAAGACGCAGUGUUUGUGUGUGAGCUGAGCCAUGCAGACGUGAGUGAGGGUGUCUGGUGGCUUGGCUCCAGCCCUCUGCAGAAGAACGAGAUGAACCAGAUGACGUGCCAGGGUCGCCAGCACCAACUGGUCCUCACUAUGACAACACCUGAGGAGACGGGCAUUGUGGCAUUUGUGGUUGGGGAGGAGAGGACCUCAGCACGUCUGCAAGUUGUUCCUAAGGCCCAAGUUUUAUUUGAGGAAAAGCCUAAAGAUGUCGUGAUCAUGGAAGGAGAGACAGCUACUUUGUCCUGCACAACCUCGGAUUUUACCUCCCCUGUUACCUGGAGGCGCAACCACAUCCCUCUCCGAAACGGUGAUAAAUAUGAGAUACUUAAAAAGGGAAAAGUCAACCUAUUGCUUAUCCGUGAUGUGGAUCCCCUGGAUACUGGCACAUACUGCUGUGAUACAGGAGAUGUGCAGAGCAGUGCUAUACUUACUGUAACAGAGCUCCCUCCAUUCUUCCAAGAAGAAUUGCAGAGUGUGGAAGUUGAGGAGGGAGGUACAGCCUCUCUGUACUGUGAGCUUUCUAAACUUGGAGUGCCAAUUCAAUGGAAGAAAAACAGGCUGCCACUAAGAGCCAGCAGAAACUACGAGAUCAGGAAGAAUGGCUGCCUCCUCCAGCUCCACAUCAAGGAUCUCAAACUUGAGGACAGUGGAAGCUACACAUGUCAAGCAGGAAGUGCAGAGACCACUGCUAUUGUGACAGUGAAAGAGCUCCCUCCAUUUUUCAAGAGAGAAUUAAGAAGUGUGGAGGCUGAGGAGGGAGGUGCAGCCUCUCUGUGCUGUGAGCUGUCAAAACCUGGAGUGUCAGUACAGUGGAAGAAGAACAGGCUGCCUCUGAGAGCCAGCAGAAAGUACGAGAUGAAACAAGAUGGCUGCCUCCUCCAGCUGCACAUCAAGGAUCUCCAACCUGAGGACAGCGGCAGCUACACAUUUCAAACAGGAAGUGCAGAGACCACUGCUACUGUAUCAGUGAAAGAUCUCCCACCAUUUUUCAAAGAUGAAUUGCAGAACUUGGAGGCUGAAGAGGGAGGUGCAGCCUCUCUGUACUGUGAGCUGUCUAAACCUGGAGUGUCAGUACAGUGGAAGAAGAACAGGCUGCCACUGAGAGCAAACAGAAAGUACGAGAUGAAACAAGAUGGCUGCCUCCUCCAGCUGCACAUCAAGGAUCUCCAACCUGAGGACAGCGGCAGCUACACAUGUCAAGCAGGAAGUGCAGAGACCACUGCUACUGUAUCAGUGAAAGAGCUCCCACCAUUCUUCAAGGAAGACUUACAAAGCGUGGAGGCUGAAGAGGGAGGUAUAGCCUCUCUGUACUGUGAGCUGUCUAAACCUGGAAUGUCAGUACAGUGGAAGAAGCACAGGCUGCCACUGAGAUCCAGCAGGAAGUAUGAGAUGAAACAAGAUGGCUGCCUCCUCCAGCUCCACAUCAAGGAUCUCAAACCUGAGGACAGCGGCAGCUACACAUGUCAAACAGGAAGUGCAGAGACCACUGCUACUGUAUCAGUGAAAGAGCUCCCUCCAUUCUUUAAGAAUGACUUAGAUAGUUUAGAGGCUGAGGAGGGAGAUACAGCCUCUUUGUACUGUGAGAUGUCUAAACCUGGAGUGUCAGUACAAUGGAGGAAGAACAGGCUGCCUCUGAGAGCGAACAGGAAGUACGAGAUGAAACAAGAUGGCUGCCUCCUCCAGCUGCACAUCAAGGACCUCAAACCUGAGGACAGCGGCAGCUACACAUGUCAAGCAGGAAGUGCAGAGACCACUGCUACUGUAUCAGUGAAAGAGCUUGUACCAUUCUUUAACAAAGAAUUACUAAGCGUGGAGGCUGAAGAGGGAGGUGCAGCCUCUCUGUGCUGUGAGCUGUCCAAAGCUGGAGUGUCAGUACAGUGGAAGAAAAACAGGCUGCCACUGAGAGCAAACAGGAAGUAUGAGAUGAAACAAGAUGGCUGCCUCCUCCAGCUCCACAUCAAGGAUCUCAAACCUGAGGACAGCGGCAGCUACACAUGUCAAGCAGGAAGUGCAGAGACCACUGCUACUGUAUCAGUGAAAGAGCUCCCUCCAUUCUUUAAGAAAGACUUAGAUAGUGUAGAGACUGAGGAGGGAGAUACAGCCUCUUUGCACUGUGAGUUGUCUAAACCUGGAGUGUCAGUACAAUGGAGGAAGAACAGGUUGCCUCUGAGAGCCAGCAGAAAGUACGAGAUGAAACAAGAUGGCUGCCUCCUCAAGCUGUACAUCAAGGAUCUCCAACCUGAGGACAGCGGCAGCUACACAUGUCAAGCAGGAAGUGCAGAGACCACUGCUACUGUAUCAGUGAAAGAGCUCCCACCAUUCUUCAAGGAAGACUUACAAAGUGUGGAGACUGAGGAGGGAGGUGCAGCCUCUCUGUGCUGUGAGCUGUCUAAACCUGGCGCAUCAGUACAAUGGAAGAAGAAUAGGCUUCCACUCAGAGCCAGCAGGAAGUAUGAGAUAAAGCAAGAUGGCUGCCUUCUCCAGCUGCACAUCAACAAUCUCAAACCUGAGGACAGCGGCAGCUACACAUGUCAAGCAGGAAGUGCAGAGACCACUGCUAUGGUGUCUGUGAAAGAGCUCGUACCAUUCUUCAACAAAGAAUUACAAAGCAUGGAGGCUGAGGAGGAAGGUUUAGUCUCCCUGUAUUGUGAGCUGUCUAAACCUGACAUAUUAGUACAAUGGAAGAAGAACAGGCAGCCAUUGAGAGCGAACAGGAAGUAUGAGAUGAAGCAAGAUGGCUGCCUCCUCCAGCUCCACAUCAAGGAUCUCAAACCUGAGGACAGCGGCAGCUACACAUGUCAAGCAGGAAAUGCAGAGACCACUGCAACUGUGACAGUGAAAGAGCUCCCACCAUUCUUUAAGGAAGACUUAGAAAGUGUAGAGGCUGAGGAGGGAGGUGCAGCCUCUCUGUACUGUGAGCUGUCUAAACCUGGAGUGUCAGUACAAUGGAAGAAGAACAGGCUGCCACUGAGAGCAAACAGGAAGUAUGAGAUGAAGCAAGAUGGCUGCCUCCUCCAGCUGCACAUCAAGGAUGUCAAACCUGAGGACAGCGGCAGCUACACAUGUCAAGCAGGAAGUGCAGAGACCACUGCUACUGUAUCAGUGAAAGCACUAGAGCUGACUCCACCAAAGGCAGAUCCUUCCACGAUACUGCCCCGGGAAAAGGGCACUGUUUCCAAACCAACUCCUACUCCAGAGAACCAGAAGCCUGGAAUCCAAGAGGCCAAGCCUGUUCCUCCAGAGCCCAAAAAGAGAGCUAAUAGGAAAGCAUCUAUUACAAGUUUAGAAAAACAUAUGGAGCCAAUUUUUGACCUAAAACAGGGCAUCCAACCUGCAAGAUCUAUGGCGAAAGACUUUGAUGUUGCACAGAACGUAACACAACUGGAGAAGCAUGGGGAGAAAGACAGUGAGGUGUACAAGGAAAUUGACAAGACAAUGAUACUACUGGAGAAGGAUGAUGGGGUUGACAAGGAGACGGAAGAGCCAGCAAGGCCUUUGGAAAGGGAGAAAGACGUUUUCAUGGAGAAGAGACAACCAGGAACGAAUUCAGAGAGAUUACUCAAAGUUGACCGUAACGCAAGUCAGUUAGACAGGGUUCAGGGACACACUUUGUUUGAACAAAAGAAAAGGGGAAAUGAAGUUGAAGAGAGCUCAAAACAAGCAGGAAUGCCUUCAGAGAAAACAAGUGAAGUUGAGAGGAAGGAAAGCCAUCCAGGAAAAGUCCUGUGGCAGAACAGUCAAGAUGAAAAACAGCCUGUGAAACUAUUAGAUAAAAAUAUUGGUAAUACAACAAUAAAGGAACAAGAAGAGAAGUCCACAGUAAAGGAGGGCAAAGUAGAGGAAGAGGAACCUUUUAAACCACCAGUAAGAUCUAAAGGAAAGGUAACAGGGGUGAAGGAGCCGCUUAAAUAUGUUCCAAAGGAAAAUGAGGAGAUCGUUGUCCAAUCAGUAAAGCCUACUGUAAAUGAUUCUGAAGAAGACCAUAAACAGAGAGACCAUUUGAAACAACAAGUGGCCAUAGAAGCAGAGAGAGAGGAAAAGCCACUAAAACUAGUGCCGUCUGUAAAUCAGUUGGACAAACAGUUAGUCGAACAACCAGUAGAGGCUGCAUUUGCCCCUCCAAAACCACCUGCGAGGAUAAAAAGCAAAGCAAAGGGGGGAAUGAAAAAACAAUCAUCAAGGGACACAGAGACAGAUCAAGAUGAUGGACAGAUGACAAGAGUUGUGGUGAAAACAACAGAUGAUCAGCCAAUUAAAAUGUCAAUAGGGUUUUUGAAAAAAGAGGUUGAAGAGAAACCAAUAUUCGAGAGGAAACAAUCAGUAACAACAGACACUGAGAUGGUUGAGAAAAUUAAGCAACCUGUGAAAGCUGCGGAGAAAGAUGCAAACACUAAACAGCCGAUCAAACAACCAAUAAAACCCAUGAGAAAAGAAGCUGAACUGGUGCAGGAAAUGAAACUUGUAGUCGAGCCAAUGAGAAGGGAGGAAGAACAACAAAGAACAAAGACGACAGAAGACAUUCCUCUCCUCUACAUUUCUGAAGAUGAAACUUUCUUAGAGGCUUUGACUGACAUACCGGCCAACCACAGCAAUGUCCAGACCCCUGGUGCUUUUGUUGAGGGGUCCACCCAACCCGCUACUCUUCCUCCAAUUAAUGUACCGCAGAAGGCACAACCACCAAAUGAAGGUACACCGGAGAUUGACAUCAGUGUUGAGGAUGAACCACAAAUGAGAGAGGCUGCAGUCAAGAUCCAGGCUGCCUUCAAAGGCUACAAAACCCGCAAAUUCAUGCGACCUGUCUUUAAAGAGGUGUUUAAGAACCAGAGUGCAAAUCUUCAUGGUACAGUCACUCUAGUGUGUAUUGUAGAAGGAAAAGUCAGCACAGCGCGCUGGCUAAAACACGGCCAACAAAUCCUUAAUGACCAGCGACGCCGGGUUGAGACUACAGAGAACGGUGUCUGCACACUGGUGAUCAAAAACCUGACUACCUUUGACAGUGGAAUCUAUACAUGUGAGGUGGUGAAUACGUUUGGUGUGACCUCCUACAAUGGAAACUUAACAGUAGUACAGCCUCAGAAGCCUGUUCCGGCAGUCCAAAAACCUGUACACCCUCCACUUGCAGCCAUAACUCCUCUGCAACUCGCCCCGCCAAAGCUUGAGGCCCAGGCCAAAGCACAAACUCAGGAUCAGUCUGACACUCAAACUCAGAUACCCACUUCAGCUACAGUUGCUGCGAACUACGUAGAAAAUGUGAGCGUCUCUCUGUGGGAGGCCUACAACCUGACGGAGGACACUCAGAUGAGCCUACGAGAGAGGAGAGGAUCCUCACUCAUUGCUGCCAGCUCCAUGUCGAGUCCCUCGGAUUAUGACACAGCUCCAGAUGUGAUGGAACCUGUUGAGACUGGCCCAGCUGUACCAAGGGAAGUAACUAAAGCAGCGGACAAAGUGACUCCAAAAGAUGAUAAAGAACAGAUGGCUCCUCCACAAUCUCCGAAGAAACUACUGAAGGUCAAAGGGGCUCACGAAAGUAGAAUGAGGACACCCUCUCCUAAGCACCACCGCACUCACACACCCUUAACUAGUGCCGUCUCUGGAUCAGAGUCAGAAGGGGAAGAGGAUAGACGAGAGACAUUUGAAAUGUAUGUGGCUCGAGCUGAUUGCAGUCCAAGCAGCGGAAAAAAGGACAGUUUUGUUCUGAAAGAGGGCCAGUUUGUAGAGGUCCUGGACUCUGUUCAUCCGGACAGGUGGCUGGUGAGGACCAAACCCACCAAAACCAACCCUGCUCGACAAGGAUGGGUGUGUCCAGCCUACCUGGAGAAGAAGAGGAAGGAGACCUUCCCGCAACUGAGAGCGCCUCAAGAGGAUCUUGAUGGAAUUGGUUCUACUGGAGAAGAGUACAGGAGAGCUCUGAGCCAGCUGAUCCAAGGCCUGAUUGAUGGAGAAGAGGAGUUUGUAAAGGAGAUGAAGAUGUUUACCUCUCACCAGCUGAAUUAUUUGGAUUCUAGCCGCCACGUCCCCAUUAACAUCCUUAACCAGAAGGAGAUCAUUUUCAGGAAUAUCAAGGACAUUGUGUUUCUGCAUGAGAGGUCCAUCCUUCCCGGGCUAAGAGAGUGUGCCACAGACGACGAUGUGGCUAUGCAUCUGAUCAAACACACAGAGGACUUUGAGAAAUAUCUUCACUACAUGGUGGGACAAGCACAAGCAGAGGCCUGCGUCGCUGUCAAGGCUGUCCAACAGUAUUUCAAAGUAUUCACAACAUCUUUACCAGAGUCUGGUAAGCCUGAAGAUCCUGUCAUGGAUGUCCUUACUUUCCUCCAGCGACCAGUGGAGAGGAUUCAAACUUACCAGGCUCUACUGAAGGAGCUGAUCAAGAACAAAGCCAAAAGUGGCCAGAGCUGCUGUCUUUUGGAGGAUACCUUCUCCAUGGUGUCCUGUCUACCCUGGAGGUCUGACAACCUGCACCAGGUGUCCCUCAUCGAGAACUACCCAGCUCCUCUAAUGGCCCUGGGCGAGCCCAUGCGACAGGGAGUCUUCACAGUGUGGGAGGAAUCUCCAGACAUCAAGACGGGCUCUAGAGGGCAUCAAAGACAAGUCUUUCUCUUCAAGGAAUGUAUUGUACUGUGUAAACUUAAAAGAGACUCCACUAUGAACAGUGACACCUUCACCUUCAAGAACAAAAUGAAGCUGAAUGAUGUGGACAUAAAGGAGACUUUGGGAGGAGAUGAAAAGUCUUGGGGGUUGUGGCAUGAGCACAGAGGCUCAGUGCGGAGGUACACACUGCAGGGACGCUCCACCCUGGUCAAACUCUCCUGGCUCAAGGACCUGAAGGAGCUACAGCAACGUUCCAGUCUGCCCACUAACAGUCCACCAGUGUAUGAAGCACCGUUGUCUGACUGCACAACAAAGAUAGGACAGACAAUCAAACUGACCUGUAAGGUCACAAGAUCACCAAAACCGGUGGUCAGCUGGCUCAAAGACGGCCUUCCUUUAGAGGACGACCCCCGUCACAUCAUCAUGGCAGACCGGUCAGGCACCUGCAGUCUCAUCAUCGACAGCCUCACUGCAGAGGACUCUGGACAGUAUGCCUGCUAUGCUAUCAGCUGCAUGGGCAGCGCUGGUACUCUGGCUAAGGUUGUGGUGUGCGCUCCACCCAGAUUUGUGUAUCGGUUAGAGAGUACUUGUCUGAUAGAAGGAGAGAAUAUACAGUUUACCUGCUCCACACUUACUACUCCUUUACCACGAAUCAGGUGGUUGAAAGAUGGCAGAGAGUUGACUGACCAGCAAAAAUACGUAAUCCUGAAUGAUGCUCGGAGUGGAAUCUUGUGUCUGACGGUCAUCAGUGCAACAGAGGCGGAUAUUGGACAGUACGAGUGUGAGCUUUGGAAUGAGUUUGGCUGCAUCAAGUGCAAGGCAGGGCUGUGCCCCGCUUACCUACCACCGAUUGAUAUUGAGGAUGACCAACCACAGGACUUACCUUCUAAAGGUAGGACAGCCAGAGCCGCUAAAGGUAAAUAUCCUCCACACAGGAUGGAAAGCCAUGGCAGGGUUUUCAUGUGGAUCCUCCACACUUUCACCAGUUCAGCUAUAAAUACUUAUUUUAAGUGUCUGAUCCAUAAAUUCCUGCUAAAUACCAUUUUGGUUUUCAUAGACGCAGACUCCGAGGGCUGGUCCACUGCCUUCGUGAAGAAAUGGCUACAGACGGAUUUCGGUCCGACCUCUAUUGCUAAGAUGCUCUUCCCUCCUGGACACCCUGAACAAACUGAAUGUAGCACUGAAGAGGCUGUUCCUGCCUCGACAUCCAUGGAUCAGGCGAUACAGCAGCCUGUGCGUUACCUCGAGGAAGAAGAGGAGAUCUACAUCUCAGAGCAAAUGCAGGACAUUACAGAUGCUCCUCCCUCCAUCCAGGUACCCACUGAGGAUCUGUGUGUAGAGCCUGGCCAACCAGCUACAUUUACUGCCAUCAUCACAGGAAGGCCGACUCCUAAUAUACAGUGGUACAAGGAUGGAGAGGAGCUUGCAGCCAAUAAUAAUGUAGAGAUAGUACAGCAUGGCGCCCGCUGCACAGUGACCAUCGUGUGCCCCGACAGUGAGGACAGUGGCAUAUAUACCUGCUUGGCCUACAACGACUCUGGCCAUGCCUCAUGCCAGGCUGAGCUGACAGUGGAGGAAGGCCCACUGGAGUGUCAGGAAAGAGAGGUGGAGCUCGGGAAGAGAAGGAAGUUAUUCUCCGUUUAUGAUGUCCAUGAGGAAAUUGGAAGGGGAACCUUCGGGGUAGUAAAGCGAGUAGUCCACAGAAGAACAUGUGAAGUGUUUGCUGCCAAGUUCCUGCCUCUGCAGAGCAGCACUCGGACCAGGGCCUUCCAGGAGAGGGACUUGCUAUCCCGUCUGGCUCACCCCAGAGUUGCUUGUCUGCUGGACUUCUUUUGUACCAGACGCACUCUGGUGCUGAUCACAGAAAUCUGCUGUUCUCAUGGACUUCUGGACCAUUUAUUACUAAAAGGAUCAGUCCCUGAGAGAGAGGUUCGGUCAUACAUCCAGCAAAUCCUUGAAGGAGUUGGUCACAUUCACAGCAUGAACAUUUUGCACCUGGACAUUAAACCUGAUAAUAUACUCAUGGUGUAUCCGCCCAGAGAUGAGAUCAAGAUCUGUGACUUUGGCUUUUGCCAGGAAAUAGACACAUCCAGACACCAAUACAGUAUGUUUGGUACACCAGAGUUUGUUGCCCCUGAAAUUGUUCACCAAGAACCAGUCACUGUGACCACCGAUAUUUGGUCUGUAGGUGUAAUAGCCUAUAUAUGUCUGGUGUGCCGUUGCCCUUUUGCGGGACCGACAGACCGUGCUACACUGCAGAGGGUGGGGGAGGGGACCCUGAACUGGGAUGCCCCUGACGUCUCCUCAAGGAGCCCUGAUGCCCAGAACUUUCUCCACAUGCUCCUUCAGCCAGAUCCAGAGAAGCGACCAUCUGCCUUUGAGUGCUUGAGCCACAAAUGGCUCCAGGACGAACAUGCAGGAGAAGACACGGAUGAAAUCAACACCAAGACUUUGAAAAUCUUCAUCUCAAAAAGGAAAUGGCAGCGUUCGUUGACCUGCAUUGGCUCAGUUCUCACGCUGAGGCUCAUCCCUGAGCUGCUGGACGCUCCUCUCAGAGAGACUGCAGUGACAGUGCCCCGCGAGCCCCAGGAGCACAGCAGCACUUCUGUGAGCAGUGGCUCCUCAUCGGAGUAUGACGAAGCUGACUCUUGGGACUUUUUCCAGCACUACAGUCCGACUGAGGAGGAGGAAGAAACUGAGGAGGACUAUGAUCCUUUAACGGAGAGAGAGCACAUCCCAGAGCCUUUUGCCAAACUCCACCUAGAUGCAGAAGAGGAAGUGACAUUAGGGGAGGAAGAAGAGGAGGAGAUGGUAGGAAGGAGGAGUGUACUAGAGCGGAGUAUGAGCAGGCACUCAGUUGCGUCGUCAGAUGCGUCAGGCCAACAGACGCCUCACAGGGAGCGUAGGUUCAGCAAGGACAGCAGUCAAUCUCUCUACCUUUCUGAUGGAAGUGAGGGUUCAGGGAGUGACGGAGCUCGUAUCCCUCGUGGCAGUGUCAUCCGAAGCACUUUCUACAGCACCUCUCAUCAGCUUUCACCCAUGUCUGCCAGACACAUGACAUUACGGGACAAAUUCCAGGUCAAAAAGCAGGAGAGAGGCCGCAAACCACUCCGGAGAAGCUUUUCUGGACGUCUCAACGAGCCUCUUAUAGAAUAUGUGGAGGAUGAGACGGAGACCAAUCGUGGCCAAAGACGGGGAUCUGUCCAGCCUACAAUGCAGAAGUCCUGUUCCUUUGACAGUGGUGUUGGCCUCGCCCACACCAACGUACCCCCUCACAGGAGGAGCAGGUCUCUUGAUGAGUAUUCACGGCGAUCUCCCAGCUCACCCAAGCGCACAAAGUCGGGUGAAGAAGAAGGCUCUCAAAGUCUAAAGGAAGAUUUAACAGAUGAUGAAGUGGCAGGGAGAGGAUUGUUGGCCAUCCCGAGCCCUCGGCGACCCACAAGAAGAAGAGGCUCUGUUGCUCCAAUACAAGGGACUGGCGUUCCAGGUGGAUCAUCUGUUCCCUCAAGUGUCCUUGCUGGAGACAGAAUGAGCCCCAGGCUGGAUCAGGAGCAGGCAGCGGGCGACACCUUCGCUGGCUCCCAGGGGUCUCUUGCUGAGUCGUCUAUUUUAGAGCACGGUGGCUCUGAGUCUUCAAGCAGACUCGGCUCCUAUGAGGAGCUUGAGUCAUGGUCAUCUCAGAGCGAGGCACAGAUCAGGAGAGAUAACCGCACCCGCUCCAACCCCAACAUAUCCACAAACAGCAGGGGUCAGCCAGGGACCCCACUAACAGUGAGCCCCAGUCCCAGCCUCUCUUCUCUGCAGGCCCCAGAGAGGCCUCCCAGAGCCAAGGACAGAAAGGAGGGCUGUGGCCUCCAAAGGCAUGCAUCUGCUCCGGCCCUCGAAGCCCAGCCACCUACAGGAAAGUCCCCCAAGCUGGGACUGCUGAAGAUCUUCCGCAGGCAGUCCUGGACCAGCCACUCAUACUCCCAGCUGGACAACACAGAGUUAGGACCCACACUAGGAGAGAUCAUGAAGCCAGAUACUCCCACCAUGUCGCUGAGGAAGAAAAUGAGAGCUUCAGCCUCCAGCCUGACCAAGCUGUUUUCCAGGUCUUCUAGUAAGGAGGAUGUGAAUAAAGGAGGGCCGAUAGUAAAAGGAUCAGCUCCCAUCGCACCUGAAAGGCAGCAUAAAACUGGUCUUGAGAGUCCAAAAAAGAGGACCUCCAAACUAUUACCUUCUUUUAAAAUACCUGCAUUCAAUAAGACCAAAGAUCUGCUGGCCCGUCCCAACAAGCCUGAAGUGCUCCAGUUAGAUGGAGGUGGAGUCCUGCUGGUUUGGAAACCAGUCCAGUCCAGUAACCCUGUCAACUUCUGUGUGCAGUACUGUACAGAAGGUGGGGAGUGGACGGUCUUGUCGGAGGAUGUGACUGAAAGCUGCUAUGUGGUGAAGGACUUACCCAGAGGAGCCUCUUAUGUGUUCCGAAUAGGCUGCAUCACCAAGACAGGAGCAGGACCUUUCAGUGAUGCUUCAGCACCUGUUGUUAUGCCUACUCAUCCUGAAGAGAUUCACAUUCCUCUAAUCCAGACUGAGUCACUGGGGUCAAAGGUCACUGGGUCAGAACAACAGACAACACACAAAAACUACAAUUUCCUCUCUGAGAUCAACAGGGGUCGUUUCAGCAUAGUUACCCUGUGCAGGGAUGCUGACACCAGCCAAGUGUUUGUUGCCAAGAUCACCCCUUACCAGGCAGAGCAGAGACAAUUGGUGCUGAGGGAAUACCAGCUGCUGAAGAGGCUUCAUCACCCUCACCUGGUGCAGCUGCACACCGCCUAUUUCACCUCCUGCUACCUGGUGUUAGUGGAGGAGCUCUGUCCCGGCAGGGAGCUGCUCUACAGUCUGGCAACGAGAGAUCUGUACGCAGAGACUCACGUCGCCGAGCUGCUGGUUCAAAUUCUGAGUGCAGUUGACUACCUUCACAGCCGUCGAGUCAUCCACCUGGACCUGAAGUCUGACAACAUGCUGGUGGAUGAUUGCAACCACCUGAAAAUAGUUGACUUGGGCUCGGCUCAGUCCUUCACACCCGGUCAGCCUCUCAACAUCGAGCACAUCCAGGGCCUGUCAGAGAGCAAAGACUGCCGCAGCAAAGUUUAUAUUGUCCUUCCUAAAGCUCCGGAAAUCCUGGAAGGUCACGGUGUCGGGCCUGAAACUGACGUUUGGGCUAUUGGAGUCCUGUCCUUCAUCAUGUUGAGUGCCGACAGCCCGUUCCAUGCAGAGCACAGCUGGGAGCAAGACAGAAACAUCAAGAAAGGGAAGAUCCAGUUUGGGCGCUGUUACCCUGGUCUGUCAGAGGGAGCCUUAAACUUCAUGAAGAGCAGCAUGAAUAACAAAUCCUGGGGGAGACCCACUUCAGCCGAGUGUCUCCAGAACCCGUGGCUGCGUGCCCAUCGUGCCCCACACAAAGGCCGACACUCCAAAGUGUGUUUCUCCACAGACAAGCUUAAAGAUUACCUCAAGCAGAAGGAGGAGAAACGAGACCAGGUCCGCAUCAAGCUUCAGGGUCCCUUCUUCCAGUAAGGCAACACUGUGGUGUGUGUUUUUUUUUACUAGCGGCUUUUCCUAGAAACUAUAACCAACACAUGUCAUUUCAGCUGAUAGUUUCCUGUGUGGCUCAUUUCUAAUUAGCUGGAGCCAGGCCAGAUUAUAAAAAUCAUUAUAGUAUCCUCUGAUUUUAAAAUUGUAAUGCGUCUUAAUGAAUUUUCAAAGUGUAUUUAUCCAUUAGCUUGUAUAUGUUAAUGUGCUGCAUUGUUUGUGCUUUGGUUUAUAUGGAAACAUAUCAGGGAUGAGGUUUAGUCUAAGAGUGCAUGAGUUGUAAAAUUUAGAUUUUGUGACACAAGAAACUGUUGUUUUACUCCUCAGUGUCAGGCAGAGUUUGGCCUUAAAGUGCAAACAGUUUUCUUGUAAAUGUACACAUUUUGCCUUAAAGUUAUAAUGUACAAAUGGAAAAUCAAUUACAUUUUUGAAUGCUUCAUAAUAGUUAAAUAUUGGGUUAGUCACCCAACCGAAUGAGUUGAUAAAUUAAAGAUUAA